UUCAGCCAAGCAUCCAGAGCUGCUGCUGCUGGUUCUCUUGUUUAAACUCAGAACCAACAACCAACGGACCAGCCGAGCAAAAACACAUCGGAGUCAAAACAUUCGACUUCAGGAGAUCUUUGAACAGGUAAAAUAUGUUAAAGUGGACCGUGCUCCUGUCUUUAUGUUUAAGUAUCUCCUCUGCAACAUUUGACUAUCUUUAUGAGCAGAGAUCCUUCAUGGAUCCAGAGGACAUUCUGACUGUGAGCAUUCCUCUGGAGGGCUUACAGCGCCCUCUGCUGGGAGAAACUCUGCUACUGCCGUGCUACUUUCAGGACCACUCUGUUGAAGAUUCUGGUUCUCCCCCCGUCACUCCCCUUUCCCACCGUAUCAAAUGGAGCUACGUCACAAAGGAAAAGGCGACUACCAUCCUUGUGGCUUUGGAGGGACAGGUCCGCAUCAGCGAAAGUUAUCUGGACAGAGUUCAGCUGCAGAGCUACCCCCAGACUCCAACAGAUGCCAGCAUCAAAAUAUUGGAGCUACGUUCCAGUGACACAGGAGUGUAUCGCUGUGAAGUUCAGAUUGGCAUUGAGGAUGCCUAUGACUUUGUGCAUGUCCUUGUUCAAGGUAUCGUGUUCCACUACCGGCCCUUUAUGGGUCGCUACACUUUGACUUUUGAGAAAGCGAAGGCAGCAUGUGCCCAGAACAGUGCAGUUAUUGCUACUCCAGAGCAGCUUCAAGCAGCAUUCGAAGAUAGUUUCCACCAGUGCGACGCAGGCUGGUUGUCUGAUCAAACAGUGCGGUACCCAAUCCACAAGUCUCGCAUGAACUGCUAUGGCGACAAAGAGGAACUCCCUGGGGUCAGGACGUAUGGCAUGAGAGAUCUCAAUGAGACAUAUGAUGUUUACUGCUUUGCAGAUAGGAUGCCAGGCAGCGUUUUUCACAGCACCUCUGCAGGGAAGUUCACCUUCUCUGAGGCUGUGCUGGCGUGCUCCUACCAAGGAGCUCGGCUAGCCACCACAGGUCAGCUGUACCUUGCAUGGCAGGGGGGUAUGGACAUCUGCAAUGCCGGCUGGCUGAGAGAUGGGAGUGUCCGCUACCCCAUCAAUAUUCGACGGCCACAAUGCGGAGGGGGUCUGCUGGGGGUGCGAACAGUUUAUCUCCACACAAACCAAACAGGAUACCCACUUCCUGAUUCUCGCUAUGAUGCCUUCUGUUACACAGAUUCCCCUGAUGAUGAGGGUUCAGGCACAGAUGAGGGGAGUGGUGCUGUGACUGUUACCACAGUGACGAAGAGUCCAGAGGUGUUCUUCAGCAAGACGACCACAGAGAGCGAAGCAGUUGGAGAGGUGGAGACCCAGCAGCCAUUUGAUCUGAGCUACACCAACAGCGAGAACCCCAACAAGCUGCCACUUCCUCCGCCAACAAACUUCACAGAUUUCACCUUUGACCUUAUUGAGGCCGUCACCAACCAGCCAGCUGUACAAAGGGAGCCCAGCAAAACCUCUGUCAUCCCUCCAGCAGGCGUGGUCUUCCAUUACCGCUCACCCACUGGCCGUUAUGCUCUCACCUUCGUCGAGGCUCAGUUGGCCUGCCAGGGUGUCAGAGGCUCCAUGGCCACACCACAGCAGCUGCAGCGAGCAUACGAGGACGGAUACCAUCAGUGUGAUGCAGGUUGGCUUCUGGACCAGACUGUGAGGUAUCCUAUCGUGUUUCCUCGAAAAAAAUGUGCUGGAGAUCUUGGAGAUCAACCUGGAGUUCGGACGUAUGGCCUCAGACCAGCAGAGGAGAGAUACGAUGUUUACUGCUACACCGAGGAGAUCAAAGGAGAGGUUUUUCAUGUGGGAUCUGCUGAGGGUUUCACCUAUGACGAGGCUGCUUCUGCCUGUGAAAACCACAGUGCGGUUCUGGCCUCCACUGGAGAGCUCUAUGCAGCCUGGAAACUGGGCUUGGACAAGUGCCGAGCAGGCUGGCUACUGGACCGCAGCGUUCGUUACUCCGUCAACAGCCCCCGUCCUGGGUGUGGAGGAGAGAAAUCAGGGGUGCACACUUUGUACUCUCCUCCAAACCAAACACAUUACCCUGAGCCUGAUGCCAGAUUUGAUGCAUACUGUAUAAGAGACAUCCAGAAGGCUCUACCUAACCAGACAUCGGAUACUGACUUAUUAAGGCCUGAUGAUUUCUUCAUCGUUCCUCCCAUCCCCAUGGAGAUUUCAAGUUCUGGCUCUGGUUCAGCAGACUUUGAUUCAGGCAAUGCAGGAGAUAAUUCUGGAGUACAAUUUAACUCUGGAGAUCAGUCUGGUUCUGGAGAUCAGUCUGGUUCUGGAGACCAGGUUACCUCUGGAGAUCAGUCUGGUUCUGGAGAUCAGUCUGGUUCUGGAGACCAGGUUAACUCUGGAGAUCAGUCUGGUUCUGGAGACCAGGUUACCUCUGGAUAUAUAUCUGGUUCUGGAGGCAAACUCCCCUUUGGAGACCAAGGUGGGUAUACAGAGACUGUGGUGACCAGUGGAGGAUCUGGUUUGGCCUGUGCAUCUGGUUCUGGGUCAGGACCCAGAGUUGUUUCCUCUGGACCCUGCAUUGCAGCAGUAGAGGGCUCAACGUUAGGAGAACCUCAAGAGGCUGGAGAAGGAAGCACAGACGUUCUUAUAUUCCCUUUGUCUGCAGCUGAUUCUGGGAAGCUCAGUGGAAGUGGAGUUAUGUCCGGGUCUGGAUCUGGAUUUGAUGCUGUACAUCUCACUGGCACGGGUCUUAUCUUGGACCAAGAGUUGUCAGGUUUUAGUGGUUUUCUAUCUGGAUCUUCAUCUGGAAGUGGACUAUCUGAAGACAUUUCUGGAAGUGGAGAUGCUCCAAUCUUAAUAAUAGAUGACAAACUAAUUGAUGCAAAGAAGGAAUACAACCUUGAUGGAGGUCCGUUAGAUUUCAGUGGUUCUGGAAACUUUUAUAAAUCUGGGAUUCUCAGUGGGUCAACCUCUGGAAGUGACUCCGAGACUCUUACUGGUGUGACUUUUAUGGGUUCAGGUUUCACUAAACUUAUGGGGUCACCUUCUGGAGAACAAGAGGAGGCUUCUGGGGGUUUAUUCUACAGCUCUGGACCAGAAAGUGGGGGUCAGAUAUCUGGAUUUAGAAUCUCAAGUUGCAGUUUUGAUUCUAGAGCUGGAGGUUCUGGAUCUGGUUUCUCUAAAUCUGAAACAUCAACAACUAAAGGCGAGGAAGAAGGCAGUGCUAUAUUUUUCACUCAGGGUCUAAUGACAGAAAUACCUGAAGAUGACAAGGUGCCUCUUCGGCUGGGAGAAAACUCAGUGGAGUACAGUGGAGAAACAAGUGGCAACAAUGGUUUCUACUCCGGUGAUGGAAACAAGGACUUAUCUGAGGAUAACACCUUCAUGUCAGGGGUUUCUUCUUCUGGAGAUUCUUCUGAUCCACUGGUGGUGGUCCUACCUGCUCCAUCAGUUGACCCAGCACUAACAGAACCCACCAUAAGAACAGAUGAAGAUGUUAAUGGAACUGAACUGACACACAACUCCAGAGUUUAUGUUUCGUCAGGUCCAGCAGUUGCCCCUGCAGGAUUAUCAGCUCCUCCUGCAGAAAUCAAACCAGCUUUUGUACAAACACCAGCUGUCCUAGAAGCUUCCAACCCAUGUGAACCAAAUCCUUGUGGCAAUGCUGCAUGCACAGUAGAGGAAGGGGUUGCUUUCUGCUUUGAGGCAGAAGUGUGCCAUCCCAACCCUUGUACCAACGGAGCCACCUGUGUGGAGAGUGCAGACUCUUUCAAAUGCUUAUGCCUGCCCAGCUACGGAGGGGAACGCUGUGAGAUCGAGGAGCAGCGAUGUGAAGACGGCUGGACGAAGUUUCAGGGAAACUGCUACCUGCCCGUCUCUGACAGGGCGGAGUGGCUGGAGGCGGAGCAACGCUGUCGGCACCUGAACGCUCACCUGGUCAGCAUCAUCACACCAGAGGAGCAGCAGUUUGUCAGCGCUAAUGCGCAGGACUACCAGUGGAUCGGCCUGAACGACAAAACGGUGCGGAACGAUUUCCAGUGGACGGACGGCUCUCCACUGCAAUAUGAGAACUGGAAGCUGAACCAGCCAGACAAUUACCUCAACUUAGCAGAGGACUGCGUGGUUUUGAUCUGGCAUGAGAACGGAAAGUGGGACGACGUUCCCUGCAGCUACCACCUGCCGUUCACCUGCAAGAAGGGACCAGUGUUUUGCGGCGCUCCGCCUGUGGUGAAAAACACACGCAUGUUUGGAAACCGGAGGUCGGAGUAUCCGGUCAACUCCAUCAUCCGUUAUCAGUGCAACCCAGGAUUUAGACAGCGCCAUCUACCUGUGGUCCGGUGCCAAGCUGACGGGAACUGGGAGAAACCCAAAGUGGAGUGCACAGAUGUAAAAGCCAGGAACAGAAUAAAACUCAGGAGCAGCAGGAAUUCACCAGUGAGCGAAAAAAACAAAUAAAAUUAAUUAAAGUUUUUAAAAGCGAGAAAAAUCUUUUCACAUAAUUUUUAAUUUUUAUAAUAUAAAUUAAAAUGCUUGAAUUUUCAUUCUUUGGGUGCUACGUUGUGGUAGCACUUGUUUAAAACCCUCAUCCCUUCUCACUAAUAUAUUUAAAUAUUUACGCAUGAAUGUCCAAUAUUUCUUUUAGAUCCCACUAAUAUGAAUAUAGAGCGGAUUCAGCUGAAUGCUUUAGCUUCCAGGUUGUCGUUCCAGAGACAGAAAUGACCAUUUUUAGACAAAAGUCUAUAUUUAGAGACUUGCAGCAAACAGGAAGAUUUUAGAGGAUUUUAGAGUUUAAAGCAGCAGCUUAUCAUGUUGGUGGGAUUUUUAACAGCAUUUUUUCUGUUUUAUCUGAUCACCAUCACCAAUGCUGUGCAGUGCACAGAUUUUUAUAAAUCACUGCUGUAAACCUCCAGUUCCUUCACUUCAUGUCGUUUGUGCUCGUGUGUUGCAUCACUGUCGCCGUUUGUGGGGGCUGCGCCUCCGUUAAACAUGUUGUCACCUGCUGCAUAAUCAAAUAAAGACGCUGGAAACGUG